AUGAUAUGCAUUGUCAGUGGAUUCCUGUUGACUCUUCAACUCAUUUCUCUGCAAAUUCUGUUAAGAAAAGGUCACGUCGAAGAGAAGACUUCGUGGAAUCUGUUGGAUGUGGUGACACUGAACGCCAAUCGCAACUCAAUCCCGUUGUUUCUGAUCGACAGCGAAGUGUUGAGUAAUAUCUCGGCCAAGAAUGCAAAGAGUGGUGACUCUGGAGGUGACACUUCCUCUGGAGGUGACACUUCCUAUUGCAAUGUGUUGUGUUCGGGCCGUAAGAUCACACAUUUGGCCACUUUUGGUCAGUUUGCCACUCAGUUACUCAUCACCCGAUUCGUGACUGCAGUCAAGGCUAAGGGCUUCACAGUCUUGAAGUUGGAAGAGUUGGACCCGACUCUAGUCCACUACGAACUCGAGGUCUCGAUUCCCACGCAUUUGAUUGUCAUCGACGAGAAUCUACACAUCGAUAAGAUGUCUCAUGUCAUACAUAUCGUCAUAUUCUACGAACGCAUCCAAUCGACCCAUUGGUGGCACGGAUUGCUUGCACUCAAUGAUCAUCACAAGAGAUUACUUCAUCGACAAGGACUCAGAAAAUCUGAUUUCAAAGUUUCGCAUUCGAGUGCCAUAUAUGACAAAGUGGAGAUAAUGCGGACGACAAUCGAUGGACUGGUCUUGCAUUUGCCGAAACCCUUCACUCCAUUCAUUCAAAAGCCCGAAGACGUGGAGUUCGUUGAGUGUAACAAAAGUCGUGCCAAUGUUUUCCACGCGAAAUACGGUCGCGAAGAGGACGAGGAGUCCAACAAAUUUCGCACAAAAGCCACUCUUUUGUUGGCAAAAGUUAAACACAUUUUGGAUGAGCUCUCGAUUCCCUUUUGCAAGGAUGUUGACAUCGGAAUUUGGAUAGAAGACUAUAAGCCGGAACUCAUUGACGCCUUUUCUGUGAACGAUUUGCCACUAAUUCAUAGAUUCGGCAAAAUUGGAGACAGUUUUGAGCUGUCAUUCCUCGACAGAGACAUGAAAUUAGACAUAUUCUUCUUCUAUAGGGAACAGUCGUAUGUCUGGAACGGUGGCACUCAGGCUAAGAGCGGCAAUAAAUACAAAUACAUUUUCCCGAUAUUUACUCUCUGUUGGACUGAAUUCGUUGAACUCAAGGUUCGCAUCCCGUGCCAGACAUUGGCCUACAUUGAGGCCAAUUACGGACACAAUUGGUUCGAACCGGUGAAGCAGUGGGACUGGAAGUCUAGUCCAUCCAAUGUCGAGCCUAACGGUCAGUGGCCGCCAGAC